CAUGCGCAGUGAUUGCAUUCCAACCAAGGCUUCAUUGACAACAAAAAUCGUUUACACUGUUGGAAAAGAAUUUAAAAUUAUUUCAAUAUGAUGCUCUCACGUGCAAAGCCGGCCAUUGGGCCUGGCUCUACAACUCCUGCAAAAGAAGCAGAUAAAAAGAAGAAAAAAAUACCAAAAGUUGAAGACUUCUUAAACCUAAGGGAUUAUACUGGAGCAAUAACACUGUUAGAGUUUAACAGAAAUAGUGGUAGAGGUAAUGAUGAAUCUGACAUGUGGAUAGCCUACUGUGCAUUUCAUUUGGGAGAUUAUAAGAGGUCUAUGGAGGAAUAUAGCAGAUUGACAAAGAAGGAUGGCUGUCAUCCAGAUCUGUGGACAAAUUUGGCAUGCUGCUAUUUUUUCUUAGGAAUGUAUCCAGAGGCUGAUUCAGCGGUGCAAAAAGGUCCUAAAAGUCGACUACAGAACAGAUUGCUAUUCCAUUUAUCACACAAGUUCAGUGAUGAAAAACGUUUGAUGGGCUUCCAUCAGAACUUACAAGACAUUAUAGAGGAUCAGUUAUCCCUAGCAUCUAUACAUUAUCUCCGCAGUCAUUAUCAAGAGGCUAUAGACAUAUACAAACGUAUUCUCUUAGAUAAUAGGGAUUUCCUGGCAUUAAAUGUAUAUGUUGCUUUAUGUUACUACAAGUUAGACUACUAUGAUGUGUCACAGGAAGUUUUAGCAGUAUAUUUACAACAGUAUCCAGACAGUGCUAUAGCCUUAAACUUGAAAGCAUGUAAUCAUUUCAGAUUAUACAAUGGGAAGGCUGCAGAGGCAGAAUUAAAGAGUUUACAGGAAAUGGCCUCACCAUCAUUUGUGUUUGCUAGAGAUCUCAUAAAACAUAACCUGGUUGUAUUCCGUGGUGGAGAAGGGUCAUUACAAGUAUUACCUCCCCUGAUUGAUGUGAUACCUGAAGCCAGACUUAACUUAGUUAUUUAUUACUUAAAACAAGAUGAUGUAACAGAAGCAUACAACUUGAUUAAAGACUUAGAGCCAACAACCCCACAAGAAUACAUAUUAAAAGGUGUGGUUAAUGCUGCUUUAGGACAAGAAUCUGGAUCAAGAGAACAUUUGAAGAUAGCUCAGCAGUAUUUUCAGUUAGUUGGUGGAUCUGCCAGCGAAUGUGACACCAUUCCUGGCAGGCAGUGUAUGUCAUCCUGUUUCUUUUUAUUAAAACAGUUCGAAGAUGUAUUGAUAUAUUUAAACUCUAUAAAGAGUUACUUUUACAAUGAUGACACUUUCAACUUUAAUUAUGCUCAAGCCAAGGCAGCUGUAGGAAACUUCAAAGAAGCAGAAGAGGUGUUUUUAUUAAUACAAAGUGAGAAGACAAAGAAUGACUACACAUAUCUCAGUUGGUUAGCAAGAUGUUAUAUAAUGAACAGAAAGGCACGACUGGCCUGGGAGUUGUAUCUAAAGAUGGAGACUUCAGGAGAAUCAUUUAGUUUGUUACAACUUAUAGCAAAUGAUUGUUACAAGAUGGGACAGUUUUACUAUGCAGCUAAGGCAUUUGAUGUACUGGAGAGACUAGACCCUAACCCUGAGUAUUGGGAAGGCAAGAGAGGGGCCUGUGUGGGGGUAUUCCAGAUGAUUAUAGCUGGACAUGAACCUAGGGACACUUUACGGGAUGUCAUCAACAUGUUAAGGAAUACCAGUAAUCCACAAGUAGAGUACAUUGUACGAACCAUGAAGAAAUGGGCCAAAGACAACCUAGUCCCUCUGCCUUGAGGAGGUCUUCUAAACUGUGAUAUUUAUUUGUUAAACACUGUUUUAUUUUGGAGAUUUACUGUAAAAGAAUAAAGAUUUAUAUUCAAAUUCAUAUUACCACAUUAUUCUAAACCUUGAAAACUUUAUUUAGAUAAUUAAGAUCUUACUGCAUGAAAACUCUAAAUGAAGUUUCAAACUGCCAAUUGUGGCGAAUUCACAGUAUAAUGGUAUGAUAAAAAUAUCUAUUUUCUCAAUAUACAUGUACUUCAACACAGACUUACAGCAAUAUAGAAACUAUGCAGUUUCUACGUCGUAUUUGAUGUUUUUUCAUGGGUCAGCGAUAGCAAUAAAAUUAAAUAGUGAUGGAAGAAAAAGUUAGCCAUUUAAGCAGACAUUACUUGUUUUUUAAAAGUUUACUUAUGAAAAUUGUGACAAACAAGGUAAUUGAUUGCAAGACCUGUCAAAAUAGAAUUUUUCAGUAUUUUACAAAAUAUUAAUUGCUGAAAAAUUAUAUCUUCAUUGAUUUUACUUAUACAAAGCUGUGAUGCUGUAAUAUUCUUGUUUAUUGUGCAUUUGUUGAAUAUAAUAGCAUACCAAUAGAAAUAUUUCUGUCACGCUUCCCUCCAAAAUCCACCCUUGAAAAUUUUCAUUAAGCAAUGAAUACCUCUACCAUUCAAAAAGCUAAAGAUGGUAUGAUUAAUUAUGAUGAUCUACUAAAAUGCAGUAUAUAAAUACAAUCUGCUUUGCUGUACAAUGUAUUUUAACAUACAAUAAUUGCAUGGAAGUUAGAUAAUGCUUGUCCACUUACUGCAAAGAUGAUAUGUAUAAUUAAAGAAAAUGUUGAACACAAUACUAACAGUGCCUGAUGGUUUGUAUAUCCAAUCAGCUUCAGUCCUUCAUGGACCUUCUUGAAAGACAGAAUCCAAUGCACCUUUCUCUACUACAACAUUUUAUCAUGAACUGCUAUGUCCAAUGUCAACUAUUAAUUUCAUCUAUCCCACAAGUUCAUUCAAUUGUACUACAAUUAUGUUCACAUGUAAUACAGAGUAUUCAAUUAUAUUGUUUAUGUAAAAUACAUUUAAUUUACAUGGAAGUUGUCUGAAUGAAUCUUGCACUUUCACCCAAGAUAUUUCUCAAGACUUUGUUUAUCAUCUUAUUCCAUCCAGAAAAGUGCUUCUGACACACUUAAUUUAUAAAGUGUUUUUAUUUCAUAUUGUACAAGGUAGACCAAUGCAACUCAUAACACUAGUAUUUUUUGUAAGAAGAGAAUAUUUCUUCUGUUUUCUUGUUUGUUAAUGAUGUGUGUUGUAUUUAUAAUUCUGUCCUUUUAAGGGUUUACUCUUUAACUUGUGCUGAUUGUUUGAGUCCAUAUUUUUGGAUUUUAGAACUGUAAAAGGUUAGAUCGAUGUAAUUUCCACAAAAAAACAAGUAAGAAACCAUAAAGCUUGCAAUAGACAUUUUGUAUUUCUCCAUAAAAAAAAUGAUAAAGGUAAAGUCUCUUUACUAGGAAAAUCAAAUGUAAAAGCUAUAUACCUGUAGUAUGUUUUAAGUCCGUCCUGAGAUGUACAGUGAUAUUUUUUUACUAUUUAUGAUGCAUUCCAUUUGUAAAAUAGAUGUUAAAUUUAAAAUAUGAAUAUUGAUAAUUUGUACAGCAAAAUAAAAUAUUUAUAAAGCUG